AUGGCCCAGACCCACUUCCUCGCACUGCCCAACAAGGACCUGAUCAGCUCCUUCUCGUUCAACUACUACGGCACUCGACUGGCCGUCUCCUCACUCGACCACCAUCUCUACAUCCUCUCAUCCGACUUGGAGACUGGGAAGUGGCCUGAAGACCAAAGCCAGGAACAACAACCAGGCCAAUCGACUGCCGAACCUACAAACAAUCCCCAACACUCUCAGCGGAAGACACCCUCGAUCCAAGCUUGGACUGCCCACGAUGGCCCGGUCAUCAAGGUCAUCUGGUCAGAUCCUAUCCAUGGCGAGAUACUCGCUUCUGCUGGAACUGAUGGAACGGUCCGGAUCUGGGAAGAAGAUACUAGAAGGCUCGAUCAUUCUAAUGGGAAUGAAAAUCGAACGGGAACCAACAAAUCAAAUAAAAAUAAGAAACAAAACUCAGGUUUAUCAGCUGGAGGAUGGUAUCAGCAGACGAUCCUAGCAGACUCCAACCGAACGAUCCGCGACAUUGGGUUCAGUCCAUCAGAAACGAGUCUUCGACUAGCAUCGAUCUCGACCGACCACCAUCUGCGGGUGUACGAAUGUCUAGAGACGAACUCCUUCUCGAGCGACAACUGGAACCUGGUCAUCAACAUCGACCUCUCCGUCCUGCCGAGCCAUCCCACCAACUCCACCGACCAUCUGAACCCCACCCUGGCCACGAUCCCCGGAUCGAGCACUGGCACCGGCGGCCCGGCUGCCACAGGCUUCCAACAGCAUUCCUCCUUCACCUCCGUCCGUGGCUUCGAUCCUACCGUCAGUCUCAAUAACCCAAAGAAUAACUCGUCCACCAACUUCAACCUGAUCAACCCCUUAUCCGGGCUCAGAUCCUCAACCACCGCCAAUCAUUCAUCGCCUUUCAACCAAGGCUCAUCGAUCAAUAACAACAACAACAGCCUCCCAUCCUCCGAACAGCAUAUCGAGUCCUUUGGCGGAUGGGCACUCAGCUGGUGUCCCGAAAGCUACUGGGGGGAUAUCUUGGCCGUUUCCGCUGGGGCUUCGGGGGCCAUCAGACUAUUCAAAUUCUCCGCCCACUCCCAAUGGGAAAACUUCGGCCUCUUGAGUCCACUCAGUCAUUCCAAAUCCUCAACCGGUCCAGAUAACCCCACCAAUCCCAAUCACAACCAUAAUCCACGACAAACUACUGGAACGACGACGACUGGAGGAGCAGGAGGAUCUUCAAGUCCGAUCUCUAGUCUGGCAUGGGCCCCACCUUGUGGACGCGACUAUCAUCUGAUCGCCGCUGGCCAUCGCGACGGUCGCGCACGCAUCUGGAAACUCGUCCCCGCCCCUCCGCCUUCCUCCCAAUGGUCCUUCGCCCUCGAUACCGAACUCGAAGAUCACAUCCAUCUCCCAAAAGACUCCCUCCCCCAUCAACUACCAAACAGAAAUUCCGCCAGCUCCACUCUGGCUGCGGCUGCGGCUGAUGCUGGGGUCGGUAAGUGCGAUUGGAACGUCACCGGUACCGUGUUGAGCACUAGUGGCUCGGAUGGUAAAGUUCGGAUUUGGAAAAGUUGA